UUGCACAGAAGGCUGCUGUUUUCUAACAUUAAAAAAAUUGUCAACACUGAACGUUGGAGAGUUCUAUUUCAGUGUCGUGCGUAUCGUAGUCUACACGGAUGGGCGGGAGGGUCGACUUCACCUGAGUGCCACUUUUGCAUGCGCAUGCGUCAGAAGCGAUCGCUGCUAGUGCUGCUGCUGCGGCCGCCCUUUAAAGUAUCCUGCAGGUCUCUGAAGGAACCGCAGACUACGGAUAGAGUGUGAUGUCCAGACUACCCUGAGGAUGCAGACAUGCCCCUCUCUGAAACGCAUUAGUUGUAUCCCCCAAUUUAGACCAGGACAGAAGUAAUUCCUACUAGCCUCACAUCGGUCACGCCCAAUGUUGGUGACCUUUGACCCCUCCCCUGGGUUUGGAAGCCUGGACAGUCCCACAUGGCCUAAUGGAUAGGCAGCUGUGAUGUCAGACUGAAGACUGGGACUCUGAUGUUGUGACAGGAAUGUGGGACACCUUCAUAGCUCUGCCCUUUCCCACAAGGAACCUCCUGCAUCACAUAGGCCAUUCGUCUUUGAAUAGUGUUGAAUGAGAAUGAGGAGCUGACGAUUUAGAAAGUCAGCUGAUCCUGGUCUCCAAGAAGCAGGACGUUACCACUCUCCAGCGGCCGCUCCUGUGAUGCACGUCUCGAGCACCAUGAGCUUGGCCAGUGAGACAGCGAGGCUCGGUGCGGACCCUGUGCCUGGACAGGCCCCCGUCUCUGAGACGACUCCAUGCGGUGGAGCCGCCACUCCGGACUCCGGGCCUCCAGCCGCCCCUCCGCCCCCACCCCCUCCUCCCCCUCUCCCGCCGCUUGGCACGCAGACCCACGGCUCGCGGAAGAAGCGGCGGGUGCGCAGCUUCUACUGGAAGACCAUCCCCGAGGAGAAGGUGCGGGGGAAGCCCAACAUCUGGACGAUGGCCGUGCGGCAGCAGCAGUACCAGAUCGACGUGCGCACCGUGGAGGAGCUGUUCGGCCAGCAGGAGGAGAGCGCCGGGCGCGGUCCCACCGCCAGUGGAGCCCCACGCCGCGGACGCUCCAGAGCCUCCUUCAAGGAGAGCAAGGAUGAGGUCAGCAUCCUGGACUCCAAGAGAGGCAUGAACGUGGGAAUUUUCCUCAAGCAGUUUAAGAAGCCCAACCAUGCCAUUGUUGACGACAUACGCCUUGGCAACAGCCAGCCUUAUGGAGCAGAGCCUCUGAAGGAGCUGCUGAAGCUGCUGCCGGAGUCAGAGGAGGUGAAGAAACUCCAGUCAUUCAAAGGGGACCCAGAGAAACUGACACUAGUGGACUCCUUCAUGUACCUUCUGAUUGAAUUGCCACGUUUUGAGGUCCGAAUCGAGGCCAUGGUUUUGAAAGAGGAGUUCUUCCCCUUAUGUGCUGUCAUGAGCCGUGAAAUCAAUGUUGUUCGUAUGGCUACUGAAGAACUGAUGACCUGUGAGGAGUUACAUGCGAUCCUACACUUGGUGCUACAAGCUGGAAAUAUCAUGAAUGCUGGGGGAUAUGCAGGCAAUGCGGUCGGGUUCAAGCUCUCCUCUCUGUUGUCUCUGGCUGACACAAAGGCCAACAAACCAGGCAUGAACCUGCUGCACUUCGUUGCUCUGGAAGCACAGAAGAAAGAUGAAAGUCUGCUGAAGUUCCCAGAGAAACUGCAACAUGUCCAGAGUGCUGUCAGGAUCUCUGUAGAGAACAUUGAGACAGAGUUCUCUUCACUCUAUGUCAAGACACGCUCCCUGGAGGAGAAGAUUCAGAAUGAUCCAGAACUUCUACAGCAACUGGAGCCCUUUUUACAGAACUCAACCAGGACACUGCAGGACCUCAAAAGACGCAGACUGGACCUACGCAAAGAGGGCAAUACACUCAUUGACUUCUUCUGUGAAGACAAAGACAGCUUUAAACUUGAUGAGUGUUUCAGGAUAUUCCAGGAUUUCUGUCUUAAGUUCAAAAAAGCAGUGAAGGAUAACUCAGAUCGGGAGCUGAAGGAGCUGGCAAGGCAGCGGCGGCUACGGGAGCUGGAGGAGCGACGCUUCGCCUGGACGGCCGGUGGUGCCGCGGGAGCUCAAUCCAGCGCCGGGGGCUUCGGCCGCAGCAGCAGCGAGACCGACGUGGACACCCUCACCAAGGAGGGCCUCCUGGACUUUCUGCUCCAUUCCAGGCCCCACAGCCCCGUGGGGCGCUCAGCGAGUGCUCGUCGCCACCGCCAACAUAAUGCAACCGACAAUAACCUCCGAGGUUACCUGGAGCUGUUUUCUGGCGUGAGUCCCAACGUUACUGACUACACCAAGUUCAACAGUCUGCCGCGCUCUAGCCGUGCUCAUCAGCGCAGGACAAUGGCCUGGCUAUCAAAUCAGGAUGACAACCGUGAGCUUGAGUCCCACAACCAUCUGCUCCAAGAGAGGCAGGUUACCUCCCCUGAGACAGAGCCCAUUAGCCCUCUGGCCAGGUACUCAACGGACUACAGUGCAAAGGAAGAUCCCUGUGACAACAAUCGCAACCAGUACACAAGCCUCUCUGAAGGCGGGGUCUCCCCUCAUAACAUGAAUAUUUAUCAGAAGACGCCUGGACAGAAUAGGGGGCACAUGCAUGUCAGUGUGGAGAGGCGCACCCUGGUGGCUGGUCUCCAGCCAUUCGACAUGACUUGCCCAAACAACAACAAUAACAAGCAGCUGAACAGUUACAGAGACAUACUAGUCACUGAUCUGGCGGAGGAGGUAAGGAUCACACCCCAGAGCCUUGUCCUGGACACCCCACCAUCCAGCAAAAGCUCGGAGGAUGUGCCAAAGCCUGAAGCAGCGUGGGAGAGCAAAACAACCUUUCUACAGCAGGAGGAAGAAGAUGACAGCACUGUCUCCUCCACAACGUGUGACACACCCCUCCCUCUGGACCCCUCCAUGUCUGCUAAUAAACCAGCGGUUCAUGUGUUGGACUGCACUGAGGCCGACUGCUCAGUGAUGCUGGACUUCUCAGAGUUGGAAAGCUCCUCAAUCAUACGCGAGGGGCUGGGAUUCGACCCCAGAACGCCCGGAAACUUCCGGUUUCCCAGAGAUCCUAGCUCGCUGUCCUCUAACGAUCAGUCCAUGUCCACUGAGGACCCACCUGCGCCCAGAUUAUGUAGCGCAGCCUCUUGGACCCAGUCUGGCACUACUGACGAGCUUGACCCUGACAGUGUGGACCCAGCCGAAGGCAGAAAGGUGGGUGAGAAAGCUGUGCAGACGUGCAGCCCCAAACCCUCCCACAAAACCAAAGCUUCAUCCAAAGUCUCUACACCCCAGACCCUUAGCCUGGGUCGCUCUCCCAGGACCCUGACUUCCUCCGAGAACCAAACCAUGCGUAAGGUGGUACCUAUCAAUAAGGUGAGCCGCUCAUUAACUACCAUGAAGAAGGUCGAGAAACAAUCAGGACAUGAGAUCUGCGAACUCAGACGCCCGCUCCGUGACCAGAGCACCCCAGUCAGACGGGCCGUUGAGAGGAACUCUCGACCAACACGCCAUUCAAGCCUCCCGCCAGAGGACUCCGGUGGAGGGCGGAGAAGUACGCCCAGUGGCAGCCUCACUAGGUGGGCCAGGGAGCCAACCCCACGCAGGUCUGCCUCCCACAAACCCACCGCCAAGCCCUUGAGGAACGUCCCCAAGGCGGCACCGGAGGAGAAGAUGUGCCGCUCGGCGCUGAGGGCGCUGGCACAGGCCCAGGCAGCCUCCGAGGGUGGCGCCACCCAGACACUCACCAGCGGCUCCAAAGCCACUUUACCCUUACCCAGCUUCGCCCGCAACACUAUAUCGUUCUCCUCCAGGACAAAGAAAGAGGUGCCCACACCGUCCAGCCCAGCAACCCCAGUUAAGAGUGCUACUCUAGGCCGGACUGGCUCUCAGAAGGCGGUGGGUAGUGCCAAGGGUGAGGUGUUGGGAGGGGGGCAUCCUUCACAGGUGGAGGAAAAGUCUGAGGGCUCCCUGAGACGGGUGCAGAGUGUGAGGGCCUCGAGUCGGAGUACCAAGCGCAGCGACACCCCGCCACCGACCAUCCGUGAACACUCACGCAAGAGCAGCAGCUUCUCUGAGAAAUCCAUCCAGUCUUCCAUCUCCAGCAAGACUUUUAAGCCCUCAUGGAAGUGAAAUGGUUAGGCACCUGGAAAAUCAUAUCAAAGUUUCUUCAAAGUUUACUGUUGGUUUCAUCUGACUACUGUAUGUCUUAAGUCUUACCACUGAAUAUUUCUUGGAAUCCCUGUGUGGUGCUGUAGUAUCUGCAGGUCCAUUAGGGGUGCAACCUUAUGACAUAUCAUCACAUCUCGGAAGGCCUUUACCUACUGCCUUGAUUAGUUUGGUUUCAAGGGGUUCAUAUCAUCUUUAGUCGUACCUUAGAGAGGUAAUUUUCUGUAGUUGAAGAUCAAUUGUCUGUUACUUAUUUUGGCAAGACAAGGCUAUGUUUUCAGAGAACCACUUAGUUUUCCCGUAGGCACCAACAGAGGUCUUCAAAACACGUACGUGAACACUGUAAAAUAUCUGUCAUCAGUGUCUUGUUGACUUUUGCAUGGCAUAUAAAGUAGCAAGAAAAAGAAGCUUUUAAUUGUGUCUGUCAGACUUUGCUAAUACAGGUACUGUAAAAGACUGUGUUACUGAUAGUACUUUCAUGUCUUACUGCUGCUAAUUUGCUCUUUCACUUGACAUUGAGUUGGCACUGUACUUUUCAGGGUUCGAGCUUUUCAAGAGAUGCCUUGCUAAUCUAUGUUUUGCAAAGAUAUUUUUGGUCUACCUGUCUGAAUCUGUCUUUUAUGUUCCUUUGGGGGAACUACUUCUGAAGAUUCCACCAUGGU